UGGAGGCGCCUCAGGAAGGAACUGGCUGAGGGCUUUGGCCUUCACCUCCCAGCCCCUGCUGACCACACCUCCCCUCGUGCGAGGAGCAGGAAAUGCUGUACCAGCCAGCUCCCUGGAAUCUUGGUCUGACCGUCAGGAUGGAGCUGGGGCCGGCGACCGAGACCUUCGUGCUGGAGCUUCGGUGUCUUGAAGAUGGGGGCCCAGGGCCUGACACCCUCUCAGGUGGCAGCGGUGGGAGUGAGAGUCAGGAGGAAGAGGAGGCUCAGGAGAGGAGCAGCCCACUACAGCCAGCAAUCUCAGCCCUGAUGGAAGCCAGUGAGACCCCUGAGGAAGCCCAGCAGGGGUUGCAACAGUUAGAACAGGAGCCGGAGCUGCAAGGGCAACAAGCACAAAACCAACUAUCAGGACAUCGGCCCAAAUCACAGCAGCAGCAGGAUGGGCAAGAACAGCUGCCGCAACAACAGCAGGAACCACAGGCAAAACCCCAACCCCUGCAACAUGAGCAACUGAAGCCACGGAAGCUUCAGGGGCUGGUCCACGGGCUGGCCAGUGAGCUCAUGCCCACUCGGCUCUCCGCUGUCUCCUUCUAUAGGAAGUCCUGCGCUGUCCUACUGAGGGCUGGCAAGGAGCCAGUCACAGAGAGAGGGCCCCGGUUCGGAUCCCACNCCCAACCCCUGCAACAUGAGCAACUGAAGCCACACCUGCAGCUGCUGCAACAGCAGGGACAGUUACAACCACAGCAGCUGCCACAACAACAGCAGCAGUUGCAACAGCAGAAACUGUUACUACAGCAGGAGCAGUUGCAGCAGCAGCAAUUACAGCUGCAGGAACAAAUACAGCAGCAGCAGCAACAACAGUUAGAGCAGCAGCAGCUGCAGUCCCGUCCACUGGAGCCAGGAGAGGAGGAAGAGGUGGAGUUGGAGCUCAUGCCAGUGGACCUGGGGCCGGAGCAGGAACUGGAGCAGCAGCGGCAGGAGCUGGAGCGGCAGCAGGAGCUGGAGAGACAACAGGAACAGCGGCAGCUGCAGCUCAAACUGCAGGAGCAGCUUCAGCAGCUGGAGCAGCAGCUGGAGCAGCAGCAGCAGCAGCUGGAGCAGCAGCAGCUGGAGGAGCAGCAGGAGGUGCAGCUGGAGCUGACUCCAGUGGAGCUGGGGCCCCAGCAGCAGGAGGUGCAGCUGGAGCUGACCCCCGUGCAGCCUGAGCUGCAACUGGAGCUGGUGCCGGCUGCGGGGGGCGGCGGGGCUUCGGGACCGGGGGCCGCGGUCGUGGUGGCCCCCCCGGGCUACGUGGUGCUGCAGGAGCUCAUGGUUCUGCCGGCCGUGGCCACGCCGGCGGUGGUGCCCAUCUCGGGCCCCGCGGGCAGCGCAGCCCUGACUCCCGCCCGGCAGCGGCGGCGGCGGCGCGCCCGGGACCGGCCGACCAUCUGCGGGGAGUGCGGCAAGGGUUUCAGCCGCAGCACGGACCUGGUGCGGCACCAGGCCACGCACACAGGCGAGCGGCCGCACCGCUGCGGGGAGUGCGGCAAGGGCUUCUCGCAGCACUCAAACCUGGUGACGCACCAGCGCAUCCACACGGGCGAGAAGCCCUACGCCUGCUCCUACUGUGCCAAGCGCUUCAGCGAGAGCUCAGCCCUCGUGCAGCACCAGCGCACGCACACGGGCGAGCGGCCCUACGCCUGCGGUGACUGCGGCAAGCGCUUCAGCGUCUCGUCCAACCUGCUGCGCCACCGGCGCACGCACUCCGGCGAGCGGCCCUAUGUCUGCGAGGACUGCGGCGAGCGCUUCCGGCACAAGGUGCAGAUCCGCCGUCACGAGCGCCAGCUGCACGGCGCCGGCCGCUCCAGGGGCCUGGGUCUGCUCCGCGGCACGCGCGCGGCCACCAGCGGGCCACCGCGCACCGAUCAGGCGGCCGGCGACAAGGUUCUGUGACCCGGAGGGUACCGAGGACAGGAAGAUGGCCAGCUCCUCCCAACGACACUGUGCCUGCUGAAAGGUCUUGUCCCUGCUCCGUGAUCUCGGACAUCCUCGAAUGUCGCUGGGCAAAGGCGUCCGUCUUCCCAGAUCACCUGCUGAGUAGGAUAGAGUCAUCCUCAGAAACACCCUGGAGAGGAAAGCCGGUGUGGCUGAAACAGCACAGAUGGUGCACAUCAGGACAAACAGCACAUGGUACGGAUUCGUUAUCAGGUACCAAGUGGGGACAAGUCUGCCAAAGCGCCUCCCCCCUGGGGAAAACUGGACUUAGCAGAAAUGCGAGUCACUGGAGAAAACUUCUAAUCACAGAUGGGACAGUUGGUGACAUUGGACACGGAUCGAACUCUAACCAGGGAAUCAAAUAUACCUGGUAAAACGCACACAAAAAGGAUUUAAUCCUGGUAGAAAUUAUUUCAAGGAAAAAAAUGGGGAAAAAGGCAACUUAUCUGCACUAUGUAAAAAACUGAUCAAGGCAUUAAUUAAAUUGUCCCCAAUGGCAUUUGUCCUGAAAAUACUUCCUCAAAUGAAAAUUCAUCGGGGUGGAUAUAAUCCUGAUUAAAAUGUUUGUGUUCAUAAACACAGGGUCAGAAUGUCCACUGGGUCAGUGUGCAAAUGCCAGGCUGUCCUGCUCUGGGCCAAAGGUUAAACCUUCCCUCCAGGGCCAUCCAGGGUCCUGACAAGCGUGGGAGGCAGGCUCUAGGCCUCUGCUGCCUUGAUCCCAUGCCUGCAGGGUCCCCUCAUGCCCUGGUGAAUAGAAGCCUGUGGCUGAAGCAGAGGGCAUUCUGGGAGAGCUUUCCAAGUUCCAAGGGAGUGGUCACCCCUCGAAAGAACUCUGCGAUACCCCCUUUUCCCUGAGAUCCUCCAGGUCUUGGCUUCUUAGGUGCUUGCCCAGCGACUGGCUAUGGGAUUAGGGCCUUGAGACCCAGGGACAGGCAGGGUUCUCCUGGGCUGUGCAGGGGGCUGGCCUGAGCAGAUGCUGCCUCAUCGCUAGGGGUCAGAGGGAGAAUGUUGGGUACAAAGAUCGGAGACAUCAGAAAUGCUCUUUACAUUCACAAAAUCAUCUGGGGGUCACCGAAGCCUGUGGGAAGGCAGGAUGGUGGAGGAGGCUGCCCAACACCGCGGCCGCCCACGCGCUUCCCGCUCCUGACUUCCCACCUGUGGCGGCUCAGGUCCUGUGCUCCCUUCCCGCCCUGCUUCUCCUUAACUAACACAGCCUGCUACAUUUCACAAAUGUGUUGGUAAGUGAGAAACAAAAAGUGAAAAAUAAACUUAAAUGAAGAAAUACAUCGUCCUGUC